GUUGAGGAUAUUCCUUCAUUCGCCCAAAACUCACCAACCGCUUCGGAAACGAGGUGAGAUAGAUUCCUUCAUCCGCCGCCGCAGAGAAGACGAUAUUCCUCUUUUUCCUUUUUCUCGCCAAUCGCAUCGCUUUGAUCUUGAUCCCAAUCUCUCUCUCCAAGUAUCGAAUCAACCAAAACCCUAACCCAUCAAAACCCUAGAUUCUUCAAUUAGGGUCAGGAAUUGUGGAAUCACGGCCAUGGUGGUCGAGGGGAAGGAAGUGGAGGCAGAUGAGUACGAGAGCGACCCCGAGGACGCGAUCGCGCUGUCGGCGAUGAGGCGGAGGGAGGCGAGCGAUGACGAAGAGGAGGACGGCGGUGGUAGGAGAGGUCGGACGGCGGAGAUCGGAUCUGAUGGGGAAUCUGACGAUCAGGGAGCGGCACCGGGGUACGAGGAUGAGGAGGAGCAGGAGGAUUAUGACGAAGAGUAUGAGGAGGAGAUUGAGGAAGCGGACGAGAUUGUGGCGGAAGAAGAAGUUGAGAAGGAUCUAGAAGGUUCUAGAAGAAAGGAAGAGGAGGACGGGCAAGAAAAAGAAGGAGAAGAAAAGGGAAAGAAGGAGAACGAGCCGUAUGCGGUGCCGACCGCCGGGGCGUUUUACAUGCACGACGACAGGUUCCAAGAAAAAGGGCGGGGACGGGGACGGGGACAAAACAGGCGCAUGCCUGGUGGGCGGAGGCUAUGGGAAACUAAAGAUAACCGUGCUUGGGUACAUGAUAGGUUUGAAGAGAUGAAAUUGCAAGAUGCUCAGUAUGAUCGGGGCAGGCGAAAUUCCAGAGGUCGUUUCAGAGGUCGUGGUGGUGGGAAUAACCAGGGUGCUGGUCGUGGUUUUGUUAAAGGAAAUAAUAGGCCUCGGGCUUAUUAUGAUGAAAUUAACAACCAAACCCAUGACCGUAACAGCCAAAACCGUGACAGUAAAAAUCAAAACCGUGACAGUAACAACCAAGAUCGUGACAGCAACAACCAAAACCGUCCUCAGAAGUCUGUGAGAGGAAGGGGACCAAGACGUUAUGAAGCUAUUUCUAGGAACAAUGAAGGUUCUGUAUCCCGUCGUGUGCAGCCUGCAAGAUCUCAAGAGUCACAAUCAAGUACUGGUGCUAGUAGACCAUUGUCACAAACUUCAAACAUGCAACAUGAUGCAGCUCUUCCAAAGAAGGAUUUUGCCUCAAAUUUAAACUAUGCUUCUCCCCCAUUCUACCCCUCUAGCUCAUCCAAGCAGGGCAUGUCCGUUACUGAAAAAAUGGACGCCCAAAUUGGAAAAGCAAGCAAUAUAAUUUCAUCUCCUAUGAAUAUGGAGAAUAAUUAUCUAUCAUUGCAAUCUGGUUCAAUGUUGAGAGAAAAAGCCUUGGUCAGUGCACAAAUGCAUUCCUCAGGAUCUACUUUAACAUCUGCAAAUACGACUCUCUCUUCUCAAUCCAGGGUUCAAGGCAGAAGUCUAAGCAUUACUUCACAGUCAUAUAAAUCGACUGCUCCAGUUAGCCAAGUCUCUAGAGUUCCUCAACAAAUCCAGGCCCCAAUUACUCAACAAAAGCCACAAAGUCAAUUUCAACCUGCUGUGCGUGGUUCUUCACAGCGUAUAGUUCCUGCCAGCAGAAAUCAAGCUUCACCUCCUCAUGCUUUAACUAUGAAUUCAUCUGAAGUUGGAGAGACAUGUUCACCUCCAGGCUUGAAUAAUUCUAAGACGCAAUUGAUUCCAAAAGGAAAACCUGGUACCUAUAGAGCUGAAAAGGGUUCUUUUCUGUACAAUGGAGCUCAGGUUAUUGGCACAUCUGGGGCUACAGGUCUUAGCCAAAGUGAUCAGAACUUUCCUGGGACUCCAGCACUAUUGCCAGUUAUGCAAUUUGCGGGUCAGCAUCAUAAUGGGAUUCCUACUGUUGGUAUGGCACUUCCAGGAUAUAUGGCCCAACCACAACUUGGUUUUGGGAAUUCUGAAAUGACUUGGGUCCCGGUAUUGGCAGGUGCUGCUGGAGCUUUAGGAGCAUCUUAUCCCUGCAUUGCUCUUGAUGGAAGUUACUACCCCCUUCCUUCAGGGCAGGCAUCUUCUGCAAAUGCAAUUGGUUCUAGUUGGCGCGGCUGCUCAAGCUUUGCUGUCGGAGCGAUUACCCGAAGACGAGCCCUCCCCGACACCGGCGGUCAUCAAAGACACUAGUGCACCCAAGCCCGCUAAUGCUUUAAUGCCUCAACAAAGGCCUGAGAUAGUAAAUGAUGUAUUUGAGCAUCGUCAGAACAAGCCUCGCAGAUAUUCUGAAAUGAACUUUGGGCAGUGAAGUACAUAUGUAAGAUGAGAGUGUAUUUGAAUAAGCAGCUUGAGUAAGCUGGAUGUAUAUGUGCAUUCCUACAAGCCCGUUCCUAAGCCCUCUGUGAUCUUCAGCUUUUGAUUUGGAGCAUUUUGGGCCGCUGGCUGUCCCAAGAUAUGUUAGGCAUACAAUGCCUGGUCUGUGCAGUCAUAGUAAGAAGACCAUAUCAUGGCUGGGGCGGGUGGCGUUCUGUAGUCUGAGUUUUGGUGUUUUUAGCUGUGGAGAAAGCUUGAGAUUGAUCUGUAAAUGCGCUUCUAUUGAGGGAAGUUGAUAUGGUGGAUUCCUUU